GAAGGUAACCGUUUGCCAAACUUUAUUGGCAAAAGAAGGACAUUCUCUUUUUCAGGUGCGCAAAUUUUAAGCAUUCCAAAGUGUUUGAAUGCUUUAUUUUUGGGUUACCUUCAGCAUGGUUUAAUCAACCGCUCGUCUUCGGACUUCAGGUAGCGAGCCGAGUAGCUUCUACUCGUUUUUUAUUUUAUUUUUUUCCCCAUGUCAUGCCGAUCCGUGCCAUGCUGAACAGCUGCGAUUUAUAAUUUCAAAUUCCAAACAGCUAAAGCAAGUGGCCCGGCAGAUAACCAUGCUUCUGCGGACUUGGAGGGCCGGAGUGGGUGCCUGGCCCAGCCUUUUCCGGCGCCGUCCGGAGCCUCCCGGACACUCUCUGCCGUUGGCUUUUAACGGAUUUCCCCGUCUUAGCCGCUUCAUCUUACGGGAUCUCCGACAGAGGCGUUGCUACGCGUCAAGUCUGGUCACGUCGGUUUUAAAGCCUGCAUUGAAACCGCCGGCACCACCCGGGAAGAGGGUUCCCAAGGGACCCAGGACCAAACAACCUUCCAGAAGCAAUCAGCCGUACCUGAGUCAGGACGCGGACAUGAUGCAAUGUAUAGCCUUCGCCACAGCGGAUGAGUACAAUCUACCCUCGCUUGCUGUCGACCUGAUGCGACACGGCUUUCGGGAAGUCGACUUCCCUCGAGACGCCUCCAACGUGUUGGUGACAAGUUCCGACAUGAGCGCCAAAGCGGACGACGCUUCUCUCAUCUUCUUCUUCAGGGAAGGCUCGGUGGUUUUCUGGAACGCGGAAGACAAAACGCUGAAGACGGUGUUGCGGAUAUUGGAGCGUCAUGAGAGUCAGCCAUACGAAGUAGCCUUGGUCCAUUGGGAAAACGAGGAGAUCAACUACAUGUACGGCGAGGGAAACACCAAACUAGAGCACGGAAACUUUAUUUUGAGCAAGAACCUGGAGGGGCAAGAGCUGGUUCUGGAGAAGUUCGCCUUCUCCAACGCUUUGUGUUUGUCAGUCAAGUUGGCCAUAUGGGAAGUGUCGCUGGAUAACUUUGUGGAGUCCAUUCAGUCCAUCCCCGAGGCACUCAAGGCGGGUGCCAGAGUGAAGUUGUCGUCGGCGGACGUCAUGCAGAAGAUUGGCCAGCUCUUCACCUUGAGACAUUGCAUCAACCUGAGCUCCGACCUCCUGCUCACGCCCGACUUUUACUGGGACCGCGAGAACCUGGAGAAGAUUUACGACAAGACCUGCCAAUUCCUCAGCAUUAACCGUAGGGUCAAGGUGGUUAACGAGAAGCUGGAGCACUGCACGCAGCUGACCGACCUAAUGAGGAGUCACCUGAGCGAUAAGCACAGCUUAAGGCUGGAGUGGAUGAUCGUCAUCCUCAUCACCAUCGAAGUGUUGUUUGAAGUGGUGCGAAUGAUCUGGUGAGCCAGAGCGGCCGGUUAAGUGGACUCUACAACAUCUCCAAGUUUGACCACAUUGGUAAACAAUCACAAAAAGAGGCAUAAACACUGACUUUCCUGGAUAAAGCUGGUGUGCCAAAGUAGAGAAAAAAUACAACGGAUUCAAUCUUCUGCUAUCGGGGCCCGCAACUCGUGAAAACGUCACAUUUCUCGGGCUCGACAUCAGCUGUACCUUUUUCCAUUUGUUUGUUGUGUCAAAACUUGCUCAAUAAAAGGUUCUAGAGAAAGAAAUUGCACUGGGAU